AUGCAUCUGCUGUCUCUCAUCUCGUUAACCUCGGUCAUUGCCACGGUCUCCCUUGCAAUCCCUGCAAGCAGAUGCCCUGCUAAGCCUACCCAUGGCAAGAAGCCCAACUUUGUCGUUUUCUUAACCGACGACCAGGACUAUCUGAUGCACUCGCUCGACUACCUGCCGUAUGUUCAGAAGCGCUUCAUCAACGAGGGCACUCAGUUCACGCACUACCACACCACCAGUGCCACUUGCUGUCCGUCGCGCGUGUCGUUCUGGCUCGGCCAGUUUGCCCACAACCACAAUGUCACCGACGAAAAUCGGCCCCACGGAUCGUACUACAAGUUCCAGGACAGCCACUUGGACGACGCCUGGCUGCCGCUGUGGCUGCAGCAGGAGAACUACAAGAACCAUUACAUUGGCAAGUUUAUCAACGGACUCGAUGCCAACAACACGGCGGCACCAAAGGGCUGGGAGCACUUUGAGCCUCUGAUCUCCCCUGGAAUCUACAACUUUACGAACCCCAUCUUCUCGCUUAACGGCGGCCCGCUGGAAAAGCACCCAGGCGUAUACCAGACCGAUCUGAUCCUGGAGAAGUCUCUGGCACGUAUCGACGACAUCGCCAACAGUGACGACCCGUUCCUGUUUGUCAUCUCACCGACUGCUCCGCAUGAUGAGAUCCAAGCAAACGGGGACUUUACCCCACCGCGUCCAGCCGAGCGUCAUAAGCACUUGUUCCCGGAUGCCAAGGUUCCACGCGACCCGAACUUCAACCCGCUGGUGCAGGACAAGGUCGGCUGGGUCAAGGAUCUGCCGCUGCUGUCGCCGCUCCAGAUCAACGCCAUCGACGAGCACUACCGCCAGCGUCUGCGCUCGCUGCAGGCCACUGACGAGCUCGUCGAGGCGGUGUUCAAGAAGCUGGAAGAGAAGAAUCUGGUUGACAACACCUACUUUAUCUACACCACCGACAACGGCUACCAUCUUGGCCACCACCGCAUGUUUGCUGGAAAGCAGACUCCGUACGACACUGAUGUGCGUAUUCCGUUUAUCAUCCGCGGACCUGGUAUCGCCAAGAAGCAGAUCAACGACAGCCCAACCACCCACUCGCACUUUGCUGCCACUGUCCUUGACCUCGCCAACAUUGAGCGUCCGGACGGACUGGAUGCCACGUCGCUGUUUGACCCGAAGAAGACUGAAUCGUUUGCCAUCGAGUUCUGGAACCGCAACUUUGUUGAGGGUGGUUCCAAGGAGACCCACAUCAACAACACAUACAAGGCUGUGCGUCUUGUGAGCAAGGACUUCAACAUCUACUACUCGGCAUGGUGCACACGCGAGCACGAGCUCUACGAGAUGAACAGUGACCCGUACCAGCUAGUGAACAAGUACAACCGGACGGAUCCCAAUUUCCUCAACCGCCUCGAUGCCCUGCUUAAUGUCUUGCAUGACUGCAAGGGUGAUGUGUGCCAGCGCCCGUGGAACACGCUGCACAAGGACGGCAAGGUCAAGAGCCUCAAGGAUGCGCUCAAGCCCAAGUACGAUGAGCACUACAAGGCGCUGCCCAAGUUCCGGUUCCUCGAGUGCAAGGUCUACUACGACCCCGAUAACGAGGGCACAGACUGAAAACGCCAGAAAUCUAGUAUCUUGAUGCAUUUACUCUAAGCAAAAUUUGAAAUACCAUAGAAGCUCAGCUACAUUUCCACAUAUAUGAUAGUCGCUAACCUCUAGUUACUCGCGCCCUGGGUAAGGCGGCCUGAGCUGGGGGAGCUGUGAAGCUGAAAGCAGGUGCCCUUGCAAAGCAGUCCUCCACCACGCUGUUGCUCUCCGCUCCACUCUUUUGUGCUCUCUGAAGAACUGCCCACUCCAACCCCCCAAAGAAACUCAAAGCGGUGGGGCAGCGGAGUUAGCUGUCGAUUUUGGCGUCCGGGCACAAGCGCUCUUAGGGUAAGCCGUCGUGGUGGCACGUGAAUUGAAGAUCGGUUUUACUGUGGCAAGGAAAUUGCAAGGACGCCGAUGCUCCGGCGUAGUGGACGGUCUUAUCUUUUUAGAGAUAUCUA